GAAGAAGCCGUGUAUCUCAGUCCAUCAUCUCCUCUCUGAGGCAGGCCGACUCCACUCACCCAACAGCACAAUGGCAACCAUCAACAGGACCUCGUUCUCCGGCCGCUCCUACGCCGGCGGAAACCUGGCGGGAGGAAGUGUGCGCAAGGGCUACUCUAUGAGCGUGCACGGAGGCGCAGGCGCAAGCGGAACCAGAAUCUCCACCGGAAGCUUCAACCUCGGCGGCGGUAGCGGUUACGGUUACGGCUCAGGCGGCGGUGCAGGCUUCGGCAUGGGUGAGGGUCUGGACCUCCACGUCGGCGCCAACGAGAAGGCCACCAUGCAGAACCUCAACGACCGUCUGGCCUCCUACUUGGAAAAGGUGCGCAGCCUGGAGAAGGCCAAUGCCGAGCUGGAGCUGAAGAUCCGUCAGUUCUUGGAGAAUAAGGCCUCCCCAUCUGCCCGCGACUACGCCGCCUACCAGGCCACCAUUAAGGACCUGCAAGACAAGAUCCAGGGCGCCACAAGACUCAACGGAAGCAUCUAUCUGGCAAUUGACAACGCUAAACUGGCAGCAGAUGACUUCAAAACCAAGUACGACAACGAGCUGGCUAUGCGUCUGUCAGUUGAGUCCGAUAUCGCCGGCCUGAAGAGAAUGUUGGAUGAGCUGACCCUGGUGCGUUCGGAUCUGGAGAUGCAGAUCGAAGGCCUGAAGGAUGAGCUCAUCCACCUGAAAAAGAACCACGAGGAGGAAAUGCUAGCCAUGAGAGCGCAGAUGAGUGGACAGAUCAACGUGGAGGUGGACGCCAAACCGCAGAUCGACCUCAGCAGAAUCAUUGCCGAAAUCCGCGAGCAGUACGAGAACGUUGCAGCAAAGAACCAGAGAGACCUGGAAAGUUGGUUCCAGGCUAAGACAUCCGAACUCAACAAGGAGAUGGCAGUGAGCACAGAAACUCUCCAGACGUCCAGGUCGGAGAUCUCUGAGAUCCGUCGUACCCUGCAAGGCUUGGAAAUCGAACUCCAGUCGCAACUUAGCAUGAAAGCAUCUUUGGAAAACACGCUGGCUGAAACUGAAGUACGGUACUCCAACAUCCUCCAAGGCCUCCAGGCUCAGGUCACCUCCCUUGAAAGCCAACUGAUGCAACUGCGCGCCGAGAUUGAGAACCAGAACAACGAAUACUGCAUGCUCCUCGACAUUAAGACCAGACUGGAGAGGGAAAUUGCGGAAUACAGGAGACUGUUGGAUGGAGAGGGCAGUUUUGGAAGCACCAAGACGUCCACUGCCAGGGUGAUCAUGGUCACGGAGGAGAUGGUCGAUGGCAAGGUGGUGUCCUCCAAAACCACCACCGCAUAAGCUGUCCCACACAGCAAACAGCAGCACCAGGGGGGGCGCCUGAAAACCAUCUUUUCGUCUCAGAACCACUGUUGAUGAAAUAAAAGCCUCCUAGCCUGCUAGCUAACA